AUGCCGCCGCGUCCUUUUGUCAACGACGCGCUCUGGCGAUGUCUUUGCCCUGGAUUUCCUGCCAAUGUAUCGACGCUGAGGACAGGACGUUCAAUAGCGCUGCGCAAUCGCCCACGUGAAGCUGGCGCCGCUCGCCAAUUGCGCACAUACAAACAGUCGACCGCACCUUCAUCCCACAACGGCGCCUUCUUCUCCCAAGCAGACGCGCCUUCCUUCGGAUCUCGAAAUGCCCCACGAUCCCACGCACCCCGCACCGCAGGCGCCAGACCCCCACUCGCCCAGCUCCCCACGUCCAUACUCUACGAACAUUUGCGCGAAGAAGGCGCAAGGGGAAAUUUCGAUGAAGUCUUCAACAUCUGCCGAGUCUUGGUGAAGGACAGGGACGAAUUGCCGAACAAGGAAAUGUACAAUGCGAUACUGCACAGCUUUGCGAGCGACAGCAAUGGCACGGCGGGAAAGGUGCGGAAGGUCCUGGAUGAAAUGGGGUUCUGGGCAGAGGAGGACAGCAUAAACGGACAGACCAAGAUUGAGCUGGAUGCCAGAGGCUGCGAGUGUGUGCUGGAAGCUCUAGCCGUCCAUCCCGACUACCUCCUCCGCACCGAGAUCCUCGAAUACAUGAAGACGCGGUGGUUUCCGCUGACACCCCGGGGGGAGAAUUAUGUUGUAGCAGGUAUGCUGCGGGAGCGCAACUUUGAGCAGGCUCUGGAGAUGUUGGAGGGCAUGGCCAACAGGCAGAUCAAAAUCGAGAAUUGGCUCUUCCACAAGGCCAUGUGGAUACUGCUGGAGCAUGGGGAAGUGGAAGAGGCUUUUUAUGUCCUGAAUCUCAAGGAUAGCUGCGCUCUGGUUAGCAUUACUGGACGCGGCUUCAAGGCAACAACUUGCGCCUGUUUUUCUGUCCUCGCCGUAGCAGCUCGUCAUGGCGAUGUGCCACUGGCCACAGACGUAUUUCGACUUCUCACUGAACGAGGGACCAUUCUCACCACGCACCACUACGAGCUCCUUGUCAAGACAUACCUUAACGCCGACGAUCUUUCUGCUGCAUUGUCCGUCAUCCUCAUCAUGGCUGAUACAAACAUAAAGGUCGAUGCUGGCACAUGUCAUCCUCUACUGUGGUAUCUACGUCAGGAAAAGAAGGACGAAUCAAGUCGGCCACUACGUGCAUUCAAAAUUUUGCAGGACUUCGAAGCCUCUGGUCGGAAAGUGCCAACCGCUGCUAUUAACGCCUGUAUACAAGCGAGCCUGGUCUUGGAGCGUUUUGAGGAGGGAAUCGAAAUAUACAAGGCCUUGCAUACUGUUUGUCAUGCUGGACCCGACACGCAAACAUUCAACAUACUCUUCCAGGGCUGCCAUAAAUACGUGCGCAAAGAACUCGCCAUGUUCCUGGCAAACGAGAUGAUAGAGCUCGGCCUCAAGCCAGACCGGCUAACCUACGACCGCCUUAUUUGUGUGUGUCUACGAGGCAAUGACUUGGAAGACGCCCUGCUAUACUACGAGGAGAUGAGGUCGACCCCGAUAAAGAGCGGCUCGUCACGAAUGAUGCAGCCACGAAGGGGUACUUGGGGAGAUCUCAUAAUGAAAUGUGUGGAAAAGCGCGACGACAGAGCAGUGGCGCUACUAAAGGAUUACAAGAAACUUGAAGAGGAGCCCCGCAUAGCGGUGGAAAGGGCGGUUAGCGCAUGCUUCAAAGAGACAGCGGAAGUGAAGCUGGAGGUCGCAUCUGGAGAGCGCGAGCCGGGGCAGCAGGCAUCCGAUGGUCCAAGCCAGAACUCCAUGCGCACAGAUGCUGAGGGUGGCCGCGCCGAAAGCGGAAAUCUCGGCAUGGAGCAGCCCAUGGCGGCUAGCGAGACACGAGAAAGUCAGAGGUAG